AUGCUGAUUUUGAUCACCGGCAUUACGGGAAAGCUGGGGACCCACUUGGCUCGUGCAGCUUUGCAGCGCGGCGGUUUUCGAGUGAGAGGACUUGGACGUCACCCUGAGAGUCUAGACCCAGCAAUUGCGUCGCAACUGGAAUCAUUCGUGAAAUGCGGGUCUCACGACGACAUCGCCGCUUUGGACAAAGCAGUCGCAUCUGUUGACGCCGUAGUUUGCGCUUACAAACCGGAUCCAGUGCUUGACCUUGAAGGGCAUCUGCUCUUACUGCGCGCUGCCGAGCGGGCUGGGAUCAAAAUUUUCCACGCAUCUUCGUGGAACGCUGAUUGGCGACUAUUCGACUGGGGAGAGUUUGAGCAUUAUGACUCGCACAUUGCGUUCCAGCGCCACGUCGAGUUAACAUCCUCGAUAAAGCCAAUUUACGUCUUUACUGGAAUUUUUGGAGAAUAUCUCUUUAGCCCGGCAGGCCCCGGAAUGUUCUCGAAAGGCGUAUCUGGGGCAGCCAGCGUGCAAGUUUGGGGUGAGGGAGAUGUGAAGUGGGCUUGGACAUCUAUGAGAGAUGCGGCGGAAUUCAGUAUCGACCUCCUGGCCAGGAAGGAUAUACAGGAGGGAGCUGGAGGUUACUUCUCUGUUAAAUCAGGAGAGAGUAGCCCCUUUGAUAUUGCUAGGAUGUACGAGAAUGUCACAGGCAUUAAAGUUGAUAUCACUCAAGUUGGGUCUGUCGAGGGUUUGGGCCAACAACUUCAUCAGGCACGUUCAAAAUAUGCUUCCCAUGACUACAAGAAAUACGUUCCGCUGGAACUACAGCUGCUCGGCUACAAAGGAAAGCUUCAACUGCGGAAUGCCGAGACCGUUGUCAAUGGCAGACCGACAAUGGACUUGGAGGACAUGCUGCGCUUCGUCCAGAAUUAG